CAUCGCAUACGCACGUACACGUUGCGCUUUCAUUGGCUAAUUUGAAUUUCGAACGUUCGAACUGGCCUAUCGCGCUCGAUGAGCCGUAUGAUUUCUUUUUCACGCAUAUACAGUGUGUUCCGUUAGUGACCAGUGCUUGUGACUGAAGACUGUGUUUGACAGCUGUGUCGGUUAUAUUUAAAAUCGGAUGUUUUCACACGUGACCUGGUGUAAAUAAACAUCGUGUGCUACAAAGAAGCAGCUGUGUGGAUUAUUGACCCACUGCGCCCGCGCCGGAAACAUUAUGCCAUAUACACACUAACUAAAGCGGACCUGCCGAGCACCGCGAGGAAUUCACCGUUAAUUAUGCCAGUUUAUUAGCAUGCAAUAAUGGAAGGAGUCACAUCCCGUCCCACUCUGGAAUAUAUCCCACCCCUGCCACCAAAACAAAGGAAUUCGACCACGUUUACACAAAUAACUAAUGAGAAGAUCAACGGACAUGACACUAUAGACGGUCGGUCCAGCGUAGACUCGCUCAGUUCGAUGCACUCGCUCGUCCUUAAUUCUAAGAGCUCCUCUGCAACGGUAUUCAUAGCGGCGAACCAGCCAGACAGACCCGCGAGCACGCCUAGUUCGGACGCUCCACUAAACGGCCCACAUGUCGUCACUAUCAGAAUCAACACAGACUCCGACAAACCAAAAGCACCCAAAAUAUCCAGCGUCCAUCUCAAAAGCGAUAUAAACUUCGAAACGUUCAAGUUACACGAAAGAAAAAACAAUAGCCUAGUAAGAAUCAACGUCGACGAAACCAGGCCGAAGAUAUUAGAAAAUGAAGAGAUAACUAAAACUGAUAAGGCGCCAUAUAUCUACUGCAAUUCCUAUGUAAAUUCAAUGACUAAUAUGGUCAUGUCGAGCGGUCAGUGCUCGCCUAGUGAUACUCUGGACUCUGGCACGUGCAGCGAUCUAGAUGGUACUCCUCCGCCAUUACCUAAAAAGAAAACACUAAAAAGCUCCAACAAAAAGGCAGUGUCUGUCACAAUGAUCAGUUCUAGAAAUGGUUCCAGUCAAAGCGAAGUUGAUUUUGAAGAUAACGAUUCGAACAUAUCGUGCGACUCGCUCAAUAGUAGCGAAUUGAAUGGAAGUGUACACGCAGAUGAAAGUCAUAUCGAAUACGCGAUGAAAAAGGAAAAGAAACAAGUUGUUGAGCCACCUAUCGCGCCGGAGAUGCCACCUAUGGUGUCAUUCACCAAAACAACAAAAGAUAAUAGCUUUCUACCACAGGGCCUACUGCAAGAUAUCAGAGACCGAUCAGCAAAACUCAGUACGAUAGAAACUGAAAGCGAAGAACACGAAGCGAACCAGAAUAUCAAUGAAAAUGCUAAUAUAUCAAAAGAAAGCGCUCAACUCACUUCGUUCCGUUUAGUUUCUCAGCUUAAUAGUGGAACGAAGAAAAACGACGGCAUUGAAUCAUUACCAGCAAAUUCGUGUAAAACACCGCUGAUUAGUGAGAGUACGUACGAGGAGCGAAAAAAUCAGGAUAAGAUAAAACAAGAAAAAAUGUGUUACAGUAGUCAUUACUUUGAUACGGACAAAUUUUAUGAUUUUCAUUUAAAUGAGAAACAGUUCGAUGAGCAAGCGCCAGUGAAAAGUGUAAGUGUUAGUGCUAAGCGUGAUUGUGAUGGAUCUGAAGUGGAAUAUUUUGCGGGAAUCAAGGAUUAUAAGAACGAGGAAGCGCCGUCGACGAUUCGGAGUUCUAAAGGGACAAUACGAGGAGUGAAGAAUCGUGUGAGGGCCGGCAUAGCAACAUUUCUUCAAAUGCAGAGCACGACAAAGAGCUAUAAAGAAAAAGACGCGGGCAAAGUCGUCCUCUACACGACUACCAUGGGAAUUGUCCGGAGCACUUACCAGAGGUGUGUUCUGGUGAAGAAGAUCCUGAGGAACCUUCUGGUGAAAUACGAGGAACGGGACGUCUUCAUGAGCACGGAGUACCAGGACGAGAUCAGGGAUAGGAUGAGAAGUGACCAGAUUCUGGUUCCUCAGCUGUUUGUUGAAGGCCAUCAUAUUGGGGAUGCAGACACCGUGGAGAAAUUGAAUGAAAGUGGAGAAUUGAGGAAAAUGCUGAAGCCUUACAAGAGUCCCGACGCGUGCCAUACCUGCCAGGUCUGCGGCGGGUUCCGCCUUCUGCCCUGUAAGAUCUGCAACGGCUCCAAGAAGAGUCUCCACAGAAACCACUUCACCGCCGAAUUCGUCGCCCUCAAGUGCAUGAACUGCGACGAAGUCGGUCUGGUCAGGUGCGAAGCCUGUUCUUGAAGCCUGAACUUUACCAUCAUGAUGUAGGGCUUUAGAAACUAAAGCUCCAAAAAGAUUUUCUACAGGAACAACUUCAUAGCUGGAAUUGUCGUUAUCAAAUGCAUGAACUGUGAUGAAAUCGGCGUCGUCAUGUGCGAUGCCAGUUCUUGAAGUCUGAAGUUUACCAUCAUGAUAUAGGGCUUUAGAAACUAAGGCUCCAAAAAGAUUUUCUACAGGAACAACUUCAUAGCUGGAAUUGUUGUUCUCAAACGCAUGAACUGUGAUGAAGUCGGCCUCGUCAUGUGCGAUGCUUGUUAGGACUUAAGCACUUAUUUGUCCACGAUUAGUCUCCAAAGAAACCACUUCACAGCCGAAUUUUUCACUCUGUGCUGUCCUUUUCCUAACUUCGAAGCUCGUCAUGUUAAAGGGUUUAAUACCUUAGUCUCCAAGAGGAGUCAUCACAGUGACCCCUUCACAGCCGAAUUUGUCAUCCACAAAAAGAAUGAAUUUCGAUGAAGCAUGGAGUUCAAGAUCAUGAAUAAAAGUGACCUAACAAUAAGUUAAUUAAAAAACCUCAUUUAAGGUCAAUACCCUCAAGCCAAGCUCAAGCUCAAGCCUCAGGUCAAGCCCUGGUACGGCCCUUAUGUGUGCGAAUAAACCUUAUGAUGAUUAAAUUAAAUAUUGAAUAGUAUAUUAUUUUUGUGAAUGGUCAGUAAUAAGGAUUUAAUUUGGUGGUAAUAUGUAUUUUGUCAAUAGAACAAAGUGUAUUGUUUGAUGAUUUGUAAAAAUAAAUGCAAAUGUUGAUGAUGUAAUACAAAUUAUUAUGAGAAAUGUAAUAAUCACGUCUUAUCUGCAUAAUUUCGAUUAAGUACUAUUUGUAAUAAAUAAAUGGAGAUAUUUUUUAUUUGUCAAUUACAUUAAUACGAGUAUCAAAUUGUUGCUCCAUAUUUGUAGUUUCCAAGUAAGGCUUGUAAAUUACUUAUUAAAUCCAGUAAAAGAAAACUUAUACAAAAAAAGGUCUAAGUAUUCGCGUCCAUGAAUACAAGGAGUUAUAUAUCAAAGAAUCUUCAAAGAAAAUAACUUUGAAUGCAGAAAAUGCAGUAAGUACUGUGAAUGCUUAAUGUUAAACGCAUGUAAAGUUCAGGAAGAAAAUCGAAGCCUGAAUAAAUAUGUAGGUAUACGAAACCAACAACGUUCCGUAUUUCAUGAAUGAUAAAGUUUCCUGCAUGCAUAAAAAUUUCAAGUUAUUUUUAUUAUUCCGUUCGCUUCUGAAACGGAAAUUGAAAAAUUUAAACAUGUACUUAAUUGGCAUUAUCAAAAAUAGUUAAUACUCACUUAUUUUAUAGAAUCAUAUCCUAGCGAUGAAAUUUGAUUAAACUUAUAUUUUUUAAUGAACAGAAUAUGAUUUACUUACUUAUAAAUCUUAUCUUUGUUUCUUCAAUUUUGGUAAACAAUUGUUUAAUAUGUAGUUUUAUAAUGUCAAUAAUAAUAAUUAAAUUGAUAUUUAACAUAAAAAAAUAAUAAGUAUGAUUACCUAUCAGAUUAAAUACAAUACUUAAUUCUUUAUUUUACAAAAGCACUUUUUCGCGGUAGACUUGUUUUUAAUUUAUUAUCCGAUAUAAUCUUACUCAUUCUUAUAUUUACAAAGUAAACUCAUUCAAAGAUAAUUUUCAUUUAUAGCAUCAGAUUGAUGUCUUAAUUAAUAAAAAAUACACCAUAAAAUUUUGGAUUAAUUUGGGGAAUUAUAACAUGUUUCCUUUUAAUCUGGCAGCUGUUUAUAUUUUUUUAGGAUUAAUGUUACGUACAAUAUAGUGGCAAUCAAAAUUGAAAAAAUUUGUAAGCUACGUAUAUGAAUAGAUAAAUUAAUCUAAAUGAAUGUUCAAAAUCUUUUUCAUUCGAAAAAGUUAAUUUGGUCAUGAUUUGUACUAAUAACCGAUUUUAUUAACUUUAAAAUAUUAUAAGUACUCUAUCUUUUUUAAUAAUAUUCUACAAAUUGUACCAACAAACGGCGAGGUGAAGAAAGUGGAAACAUUUACAUUAUUACAUUUAGUUAAAUUAUAUUUGUACUUAUAAACAUUUUUUUUAUUAAAUAAUGUAUUUUCUUUAUUAAACAAAUGCUGUAUAGGUACUAUUUUACUAUUAAUGAAAUUAGUAUGCCAUAAAUUAGAUGCAAUAAAAAUUUAAUUUACAAAUUAUCAACUUUUAAGUCGUUAUUAUAUUUUUAAUUAUUUAGUUACUCAUUUUGUGUUAGUUUUUUUUAGAAUACUGAUAUUUUUUAUAAAUACAAAAUCACAAUGAUUACAAUUAAAUUUAUUGUAAAUUAUUUACGGACAAUUAUAAUAUUCUACUUUUAAAAUAUUAUAAUUAUCAGUAUCAAUAGCUGUAGUGUAUACUUAAGUCGUGUUUUUAUACAAAAGACUUGAACAUAGAACUUACUGAAUUACAAAGCCUCUUGGCUUCAAGUUGUGAUAGUAAUAAACUUAAAAUUAGUUACAAUAAAUAGUUCACAUACUUUCAAUUGCCUCUGUUGCUCCGAAUUUCAGCAGCGUUUUUGUAAAUAAUAUUGUUUAAAUAAAUAAUUA